GUGCGCAAUUAUUUUGCAGAGUUGCACCAGCGACGGUCAGAGUGGGCGCUGUACCUGCGCAGGCGGCUGCUUACGAGGGGUCUGAAGAACUCUCCGUUCGGCGAGUACAUUGGACUGUUGAAGAGCCACUUGACAGGACAGAACGUCUUCUACGAUCCCCGGCGUCUGGUGGAGACUGUGGCGACGGUGGUGGAGCAGAAACUGCGCAACAUCAUCGCUGAAAAGGUGGACAGCAGUUUUUGGUAUCGGGUCGCUAAGCCGGUGCUCGACGCGUCGGCAGGUAUCUCAAAGUGGAUGAUCCGUGCCUGUAGCGCAGCCGGAGACGAGCUGUCCGUGGCCGGCGUCAGCACCGCAUACUACCGAGUGCGAGACAGUUUGUCCGGCCAGACGGACAACAUUGUCGACAUCUCGUUGGGCAUGUGCUCCUGCGAGGCGGCCGACGGCGGUGUCUACUGCAAGCACCAGGCCGCCGUGGCCAGGUACACCGGAGUCUAUCCGCCCAACGCCUACGAGGUGAACCGGGACGAUGUGACAGCCUACCUGAGAUUCGGCACCUCGGAGAAGAAAAUCAUCUCCUCCCUCGUCUCCUCGACGACUGGGCAGACGGACCUAUUGGAGUCGAGGAUGGCGGUGGCGGUGGCGGCGGAGGCAGAGGCGAAAAAGAGGAAGAGACUUGCCCAACCAAGGCAGCCACGUGCCAAACGAGUCCGGCCUCCAAAUGACUCCUCGAGGGGAGGCAAAGCUGUAUCAGGUGGACGCAGUCGACUGCCUCUUGGGCUGCCCGCCGAGACGACCAAAUGGCUCGGUCCGAUUUGUCUCGAUCAGACGCCCUCGGCCGUUGCUGCGCCUCAGCCCGCCCUGCCUCGAUUGCCUCGGCUGCCUCGGUUGCCCCGACCGACCUUGCUCGGUACCAGUAACGAGGUUGGCCAGACGUUUGUUCCAGCCUCCCGUCCAGCCAACGCUAGGCGGACCAAGACGGACUCCACAACUGGCCGAGUUCUCGCGACCAGCCAGUCGUCCGGCGAAUACGUCUGUCUUCCUUCGCCGCCCGUCUCCAACCCUAAUUACCCGCCCGCCCGAGGCCCUCACACUUGCCCGCCUUUGCUAGUCAGCAGGGUUGUCUCUCAGGCAGAUCGUCUGCGCGGCCAGCCUCUCUCGCGCGCAUCACCUUUAUCGUCAUCGUCAUCGUCACCAUCAUCAGCAUCGCCGUUGUCUACUUCACCCGGCUCAGGCAUCGUCCAGACUGAUCAAGACAUGAGCCGAUUGUCAGAGACCAGUCUAGCCAGUCAGCCGGUCUUCUUGCUUCCAGUACCGGGUCCACUGCACCCUGGCCAGCCGGUCGCCUCCUCCGCCACCUCCGCCACCUCCGCCACCUCCGCCACCUCCUCGUCCUCAUCCACGUCUGGCCCAGCCGCGGUCGCGGCCAUCGCAGCCACCGCCGGCCUCCACGACGUCCACGAGGCGCGCAGACCUGCACCGCUCAAACUCUGCAUCGCCUCGAUCACUUCCCUCAGCGACCAGUCGCAUUCUGCAGACCCGCCUCGCCAAGCCUUCUCCAAACCGGUCAGGACGCCAGAGCCAAUACAACCACUCGCAGCCGCCACGCUUGCUCGUCAGGGCUCGCCUUGUCUCCACAAGCCCGAGUUGAUAGAGCUCGAGAUUAGCGAUGACGACAACCAACUCCCACCCUCACCUCCACCGCCUCCAUCUCUUCCACCUCCUCCACCCCCACCUUCUCAAUUGUCUUCUCCCACUCGGACGGCGAAGAGAGAAGAGACCGACGACUUCAUCAGAAGCGCGUGCAAUCAGCUGCUCUACACAGUCACAGCCUCCGGUAGGCAGCCCAUCAUGUGUUGGCGUCAUGCCAAAUCUCUGCACUUUGCCGACUGGCUGCCUGUUUGGGGUACACCUCAAGCCGGACCGGAUAUGGUUUCGCCUCGUCUUCGCGAAUUGCUCAGACUCCUCUGCCAUCCCCAGACCCACCAGUCAGCAUGGUUGAGUGCUUGCAUCUCCGCUGGCCGCCUCAAUUGCUAUGUUGAUGGUUGGUUUGUUUACUUUUGUCUUGGUGGUUGGUUGCUUUUCUAG